CCCAGUUUCUUUCAUCUUCCCAAAAAAGGGGCAAACCCCUGUUCCAGCACAGAUUUGCUCAAAAUUCGACCACUUCUCUUCCAAAUUUCAAUUCAAAAUCCUAACCCUUUUGUGACAACCAAUGGCGGUUAAGGAACCGGUGAUAUUCACAGAGAAAGAUGAGAUGAGGAAAUGGUCAAGAAGCAUGAGAUCGCAGGGGAAGACCAUAGAGUUGGUGCCCACCAUCGGUUAUCUUCACCAAGGCCACUUGUCGCUCGUUGACGAAGCACACAAGCACGCCAAGGUCGUUGUCGUCUCCAUAUAUGUGAACCCAGGUCAGUUCUCUCCCUCCGAGGACCUUUCCACAUACCCAUCUGAUUUUCACGGUGAUAUACUCAAGCUCAAGUCUGUUCCUGGGGGAGUCGAUGCUGUUUUUGCUCCUAAGAAUCUUUAUGACUAUAGGGAAAGUAAGAAGAAUGAGAUUGAUGUUGAUAUGGAAAAUAAGAAUUCUUGCAAGAAAGGGGUGGUUUCAUGUGUGGAGGAGAGGGGAAUUGGGCACGAAACAUGGGUUAGAGUUGAGAAAUUGGAAAAAGGAUUGUGUGGGAAAAGUAGGCCUGUGUUCUUUAGAGGGGUUGCUACUAUUGUCUGCAAGUUGUUUAAUAUUGUGGAGCCUGAUGUUGCUGUAUUUGGGAAGAAGGAUUAUCAGCAAUGGCGGAUUAUUCAACGAAUGGGGAGACAUUUUACUGUUCCUGAUCCUUUAUUUUUGGCAAGAAUGAUUGGAAUGUUGCUUAGAGAUCUAGAUUUUGGCAUAGAAAUUAUGGGGUCUGAUAUCGUGCGCGAUAGAGAUGGUCUUGCACUGAGUUCGCGAAAUGUCCAUCUUUCCCCGGAAGAAAGGGAAAAGGCAUUAUCUAUAAGCAGGUCAUUGUUGAAAGCUAAAUCUGAUGCAAAAAUAGGUCUUGUUAAUUGUAAAGAAUUGACAGAUACAGUCGUACAAACAAUUACUCAUGCAAGAUGCAACAGAGUAAUUGUUGAAUAUUGAGAGAAUACCUGCCUCGUACUUUCUCAUUUCUUACAGAUAAUGCUAGGGGUGGAUAUGGAAACCAUCAAGGUAUAAAUUAUUAAUUUUGAA